CAAACUGAGGCAUCCGAAUGUGGUCAACUUGAUCGGAGCAUGCUUAGAGCCGCCCAAUCUGUGCAUGGUGAUGGAACUCUGCGACUUUUCGCUUCAUCACUUGCUCCACGGAACCAAUACGUACUUGAGCUCCCAACAAAUGACUCGUAUCGCCGGAGAGAUUGCAGACGGUAUGCGCUUCUUGCACUCUAGGAGACCUGCGGUUAUCCAUCGUGACCUGAAAAGUGCCAACGUCCUGCUUGACCAAAAAGGUGUAGCCAAGCUCUGCGAUUUUGGUCUCGUACGCACAAAAUUCACGACGGCAGGGACGCCCAGCUACAUGCCGCCUGAACUGCUGAGCGGACAACCGUUCUCCAAAGCUGUGGAUGUCUUCAUGUUCGGAAUUCUUCUAUGGGAGAUUUUCAGCCGCGAUAUUCCGUUUCGAGGCUACGAUGUCUCCGAUAUUAAGAGACGUGUCCUCGCAGGAGAGCGCUUCCGCGUUCCGACAGUGGAUUGCCCGCGCGAGUGUCAGGAAUUAAUGAAGCGAUGUUGGGACGGCGAGCCAAGUUGCCGUCCAACAUUUGAUGAGGUGUGCCAAGUGCUGCGGAAUGUUUCCUUUGCAAGAUCUUUCGAGGCCUCUCAAAGUGUCUUUGAAGGCGACGCGCUCGACUGUCUACUUAACGCGAAGUAG